UUUGAUACACAGAGUACUUUCAUGUACGUAUGCUCCCAAUUUGUUGGACGUAGUUGUUUCCGUGCCAUAAUUCUUAGUAGCACUGUACUAGCAUAAUUCAAUAGCUUUGUUAUACAGCACUUGAAUAUAUAGAUCAUAAGGACAGCUCGAAUCAGCAUAUUUCACAGCGUUACACAAUAUUCUUGAAUUCAUCAAAAUUAUUACAGAGAUGGAGCUAUUAAACCUAUUUGUUGCUGCUUCAAUGCCGGUGCUCAAGGUGCUACUUCUAACUGCACUCGGCUCGUUUCUAGCACUAGACACCAUCGAUUUACUCGGAGAGGAUGCUCGUAAUAGUAUGAACAGGAUUGUAUUCUAUGUUUUCAGCCCAGCACUUAUCGGUGGCAACUUGGCAAACACUAUUACAUAUGAAAGCAUGAUUAAGCUGUGGUUCAUGCCUGUAAAUAUCCUCUUCGCAUUUAUUGUUGGUUCUGGCCUUGGUUGGAUGGUUAAUCUGCUGACUAAACCUCCACCGCAUCUUCGGGGACUUGUUAUAGGUUGCUGUGCUGCCGGAAACCUGGGAAACAUUCUAAUCAUUAUCAUCCCAGCAGUUUGUAAAGAAAGCGGAACCCCUUUUGGAGCUGCUGAUGUCUGUAGUACAUACGCAAUGGCUUAUGCUUCACUAUCAAUGGCGAUUGGAGCUAUUUAUCUUUGGGUAUAUGCAUAUAACGUUGUGCGCAUAUCUGUAGAGGCAAGUUUAAAACAAGUAGGGAAAAAUGGGUCUUCUGUCGGCAACUCUUCAAUAGCAUCAUCCAUGACAGAGCCGAUAGGCUUCAGUGAACCACUGCUUUCUCAGGUUGACGCUGUAACAAUUGAACACAACACAGAAGCAUUGCCUCUCGCUAGGUUUGAAAAAAAGAAUCAGUUGUCACUCACAGAUAAAAUAAAGCAUUAUAUGUUGGAAAUAUCACAAACUCUCAAUUUGAAGAAGUUAUUUGCUCCUUCAACCAAUGCAGCGAUUGUAGGUUUUGUAGUUGGAGUUGUACCUUGGCUCCGAAAAUUGAUGAUUGGUGAUACAGCUCCUCUCCGUGUAAUCGAAGACUCCACUAUUUUACUAGGGGAGGGAGCCAUUCCAGCUCUCAGUUUGAUAAUUGGAGCAAACCUUCUCAGAGGUUUACGCGCAACAGGAACUCAGAAAUCCAUGGUUUUUGGCAUAGUGGUUGCUCGUUAUAUAGCCCUUCCUCUAGCAGGCAUUGGCAUCGUCAAAGGUUUAAUGCGGCUUAAUUUGGUGAAGGCAGACCCUUUGUACGAGUUCGUGCUUUUGAUUCAGUACGCAGUUCCACCUGCUAUGAAUAUGGGUACCAUUACACAGAUGUUUGGAUCUGGUGAAACUGAAUGCUCUGUUAUUAUGCUGUGGACUUAUUCUUUAGCUUCUAUCUCACUCACAUUAUGGUGUACUUUCUUCUUGUGUGCAUUGACCGGAACAUUCAAAAUAAAGUGGCGAUUUCUUAGCUGCUAACUUCUUAUAAGAAAGAGAAGUAGAGCUCAGGGCCAUUAGUGUGCAAACUUAUUGGGGGUGUUUGUUUACACUUUUUAAGCUCAACUUCUGAUUUAUAAGUUAGAAGCACUUAUUUCUACUGUUUGUGUAAAAAGUCAAGAAGCACUUAUAAAAAGCUAGAAAUGCUAGCUUUUGUUUCGGGA